AUGAAGGGCGGCGGGGCGGCGGCGGCGGCGGCGGGGGGGGCCCAGCGGCGGGCGGCGGCGGGCGGCGGGCGGCGGCGGGCGCGGGGGGGCGGCGGCGGCGGCGGCCGGCGAGCGGCGGCCAACGCCCGCGAACGGGACCGGACGCACAGCGUCAACACGGCCUUCGGCGCCCUCCGCCGGCUCAUCCCCACCCGGCCGGCCGACCGCCGCCUCUCCAAGGUGGAGACGCUGCGCCUGGCCGCCAGCUACAUCUCGCACCUGGCCAACGUGCUGCUGCUGCACCGGCGGCAGGCGGAGGGCUCGCCCGCUGCCCAGCCCGGCCCGCAGCCCGGCCCCCGCCCCUGCCCGCCGCCCGGCCCGCAGCCCGCUGCCGCCGCGCCCCGGCCCAUCUGCACCUUCUGCCUCAGCGACCAGCGGAAGCGGCACAGAGAAGGAGAGAAGCCGCCGUCUGGUCCAGCCUUAAGUGGACGCUGA